UCUUGGGAAAGAAGACUUGGUGUGGGUGGGCUGGCCUGGGAUGCUGUGGGGAAGUCAGUGCUGCUGUGCCUUCCUGGGACAGAUGAUACUCCAGCACACACCAGCUAUAGCAGACAAAAUUAAAUACAGGAGCAAAGCAAACAGAGAGGGUGGGGACAGGAGAAACAGAUGCCACAGUAGCACCAGAGGUGCUACUGCUGACCCAGGAACAAGUGGGGAGUUCAGCCAAAAGCAAGGUGAAAAAAAUGCCUGAACUUGUCCUUUCUUUGCCAGAGCAGAGUACAAAGUGGGGAGCACUCCAGGAAGGGCUCCAGGAGUGGAGUGGGAAGGGUUCCAGGAGUCCAGACAGGACAGGGCUGAGCUGGGGCCAGUUGAAGCACUGGUGCUGGCAGGGCCACAUGGCCAAGGUCAGCUGUCACCAGCCAGUCCCAGUGAGCUUCAGCUGCCAAGCUGAGCCUGCCUGUUCUGUGGUACAAGGCACAGUGCUUGCUCUGUGUGAUGGGGAGUGAGGGCCUGGGGCAAAUUCACAAGACAUAGCAGGUUUUGCUUUCUGCUCCUUGAGUGCUUCAGGGUUCAAAGAAAUACAUUUCAUGGAUCUUGUGCCAAAACUUUGGGCUGUGUUUCUGACAGCAAUUUCCCUUCCUCUGUCCAAUGGUAGAAGUGUUUUUGUUGUUCUAAUCUCCAAGCUCAGGGGCUUCACUUGUAGUGGAGCUUGAGCUGCUUUUCAAGCCAGGAGCAUCUUUGUGCUUCACAUCUCUGUAUUUAAUUAGACCAGUUCAUGGAGAUCAAUAUGAUGUUUUACAUGUUGAAGUAGGAUCCUCUUCCAUGGUAAGACCUCAAAUAUCAGCCUGUUUAAUUUUGGUUCCCUUUCUACUUGCAAAUCAAAGGAUUAUUUCCUCCUUUUCAGUUUCAAUAGUUCAGAGGCACUAUUGCUGUCUACUUGUAUUUCCAGUGUUCCCUGUUCCUGCCCCUGCCUGGGUGAGUAGUGGGGCUGGGGGCACAGAGCAGCCUGUCCCUCAGGGGACCUUCUUGCACACUGUGUAGAGGUGGUUCCUUCACCUCAUCCACUCUAAAUCUGCACUGUGGGACUUGAGGGAUGAGCUGAGAGGUCAUGACCAUCUCCCCUCCCCGGCUGUGACAGCUGACAGCCGGGCCAGCUGCAUUAGCCUUUAACGAAAGGCUGGUGCCAAGAGCAGCAUCUGGUGUGGGGGUACAAAGACAAUGCAAACCCUGCGUGUCUGCACCUUCCUGUCCCAUCAACAGAGGGUAAAUCGAGGCAAGCUUGUGCUGUUUCCAGUUUGCUGUCAUAGAUGUCCUUCCAGGAAACAGCAUGCAGCAAAUGCAAACAGCUAAUAAGAACAGAAUAAGGGAAAAGAGAAGUGCAGAGCUAGAAAUAGUUCCUUACAUAAAGGACUAGUGCCUCAAUCUCAUUAGUGUCUUAAGGAGCGGGCACUUGGCCGCCUCUGACUGCUACGAUGCAAACCCCAAUCUGAUCAGCAAUCGGCUUUGGGACCCCGGCAGGUGCCACGUGGCACCAGGACACAGCUGUGCCCCUCGGGCAGCCACUCCACUGCCCCGAGCUCGCAGCACUUGUCCUGGUCAGUGUGUGCCCAGUGGGAGCAUUCCCAUGAAGCCAGAGCUGCUGUCCUGCUGCCCAUAACAGGAGUCACUGCUUCGGAAGGCUGGGCACCAUGAGGCAACAACGGAGCAGGCGCGCGAGUCUCUCGGCCAGCCUGAAGAUAGGGGAUCACCGAGGCCACUGCCGGACCCCGGAGGAGCAGGAAUCCUACAUCCCAUUUGCACAGGACAGCCUGGUAAGGCAAUGGAACUCCAUGCAGAACGUGGCAGAUAGUAACCAGGAGAAGAGCCAGACUCCCAUCCAAAGGAACAAGUACCUGCUCAACAUUAACGUGGGUGGCAAAUUGUUCCAGAUAGCUUACAAGGUACUGGCCCAGUAUCCCAUCACCCGGCUUGGGAAGCUGGCCCUCUAUACAGAUCCUGUGAAGAAGCUGCAGCUUUGUGAUGACUACUUGGUGCAGAAGAAUGAGUAUUUCUUUGACAGAGAUCCUUCAAUUUUCAACUACAUUUUCCAUUUCUAUCGCAGUGGGGUCCUGUGGGUGAUGGAUGAGAUGUGCCCCAGUAACUUUGUGGAGGAAAUUGAGUACUGGGGAAUCCAUCUGAAAUACUCCCAACGCUGCUGCCGGAUCCUGUUCGAGGAAAAGCGAGAUGAACUCAGUGAGUACCUGAAAAUAGAGAAGGAGCUGGAGGCAGAACUGGAGCCCCUGGAGUCAGGGGCGCAGUUUGAUGGCAAAUUUCUGGGUCGGUUUCGGAAAAUGGUCUGGAACCUCAUUGAGAAUCCAUACUCUUCUGUCCCAGCCAAGAUAAUUGCUGUCAUGUCGAGCUUCUUUGUGCUUAUCUCCAUUGUGGGCAUGACACUGAGCACAGUGGAGGAGAUGAAAAACAAGACAGGGAAAAUGUGGAUGGAGCAGAUGGAAAUGAUCUGUGCCAUCUUCUUCACCUCUGAAUACCUCAUGCGGCUCAUAUCCUCCUCCAGCUUCAAGAACUUUCUGCGGGCAGCAUUUAAUGCUAUAGACCUGGUGGCCAUCCUGCCCUUCUACAUCCAGAUCCUCUUUGAAAAUCUGGAUGAUGGAGACAUGCAGUACCAUGAGGAGCUGCACAAGGUGGAGAAUGUGAGCAAACUGGGCAAAGUCCUCAAGCUCAUCAAGCUCAUGAGGAUCUUCCGCAUCCUCAAGCUGGCACGUCACUCCACUGGCCUCCGAGCCUUCAGCUUCACCAUGCGCCAAUGCUACCAGCAGGUUUGCUGCCUCCUCCUCUUCAUUGCCAUGGGGGUCUUCACCUUCUCCGCUCUCAUACACUCGGUGGAACAUGAUGUUCCUGGCACCGACUUCACCAGUAUCCCCUGCGCGUGGUGGUGGGCAGCGGUCAGCCUCUCCACUGUGGGCUACGGAGACACUGUGCCUGACACAAUACUUGGCAGGAUGGUGGCAUUUGUCUGCAUCUCCUUCGGCAUCAUCCUCAAUGGAAUGCCCAUCUCCAUCCUCUACAACAAAUUUUCUGACUACUAUGCCAAGCUGAAGGCUCAUGAGAUGAGCCAGUCACUUCAUCUUUCCAGGAGGAUCCGCUUGAAGGAGCGAGUCCUGCAGAAGUUCUCAGAGUGCUGGAGAGCUGACCCCCGCUAUUACCACUGACACAGGCUCCCCACCCCGCAGACAUCCCCUGUCCUGGCCAUCCUCACAGUAGAUUCUGUCCCCCAGGGAGGCUCUGAGCUAUGGGCAGAGUCCCAACAGUGCUGGGGCUCUGCUGUUGCACAGGAGCUGCUGCCAGCUGGGACCUCCCUUACUGCUGUGUGCCAGACACUGCUGUCCCACAGAGCAGCCACUCACAGGUGGCUUGGGAGCUGUAUGGCCACGGGCUGAGGCAAAGGGCACUCUGACAUCACAGGGAGUGAGGGAUGGGACUGAACUGUCACCUGUCCAAGGCAGGUAGCCCAGUGUGACACAUGUGCAGGUGCUGCUCUGUUCCCCACUGAGUGGGACACACAGGCUCCCCCUGCCCAGGGCCCAGUGACUCCCUGCCAGCCAAGCAGCCCAGGCCUAGUCAAGUGUGGGGAUUUGGGUGAAGGCCCAGAGGAAAGGCUACAGCCAUGCAUCCUUCCAGCCAAAUCUGUUCUUCUUCUCACUACUCUGGAGUCUGGGGCACAGUCAUUACUUGGGAUGCUGUUGUGAUGGACCCGCAGGCACUAUAGGCAUACAGAGCUUGUAGCCAGAGCACCCUCAGGAACAGACAUUUAACAAACCAGGCCCAAAACUUCAUUGUCCUGCAUUCUUGUCCAGCCAACUGUGUGUCAUUCAGUAAACUGCUCAUCACUUGGAGUGAGGAGGGGACAUCUCCUCAAAGCUCACAAGUCCAUCCAUGCAAGGACGGGGCUCUCAGGGAUCCAGAUGAGCCUGUCCAUGCAUUAGUUUUGGAAUGAGGUGCCUGGGCCUGGGUGCACUGGAACUGGAGCUGGGACAUGCAUAUGAUCAGGACACACCAGCUGGGUCUGCCCUGUGUUCACAUCAUGGGAGGCAGUGGGGGGGACAUGUCUGGGGGCAGAGGGGAAGGAUUUACCCUCCAGCAUGGGACCAUGUCCAGUCAAUGGGCCUCCUGAAGGGAUACACCCUUCCUUUGGGUGAGAUGGAGAGAGGGAUCUCGGGCUGCAGGGAGGAUUGGUGUGGGGGUCAACAGCUGCUGGUGCUAUUUCCAGGUGAGCAGGGGGAAGAAACUGCUGCCAGCCAGGCUAGGGUGCGAUUCACUUACUUGUGAGCAGGACUUGGAGAUGCAGAGGUGCCACGGGACCCCUGGUGUCAGUCUUGGACUGUGGCUAAGCUGCUGAUGUUGGAAACUUGGGAAGAGACUUGGGGGAGCUGAGUCCUCUGGCAGGGACAGUCACACUCCCACUGAGAGCUGGACUGCAGGGGGCAAGGGGGCUGUGCCAGCAGGUGUGAGGGGACCCCUAUCCUGACCACCAACACCUACACCCACUCCCUAGUAACCCACAUUUGACACCUGCCCUCUGUACACCUCCCCAGCACUGGCCUGACCCCACAGCGUUGGGCAGCUCUGGUUUACACCCCAUUUUUCUCUCUGUUCUCAGAGAGAACAUUCUCUCUGAGCACAGCAUUUUCCUCUGACCAUCUUCCCCCAGAGCUCUCCUGCCCCACUGUCCGGGUUUCAGCUGCAAGAGAGUUCAUUUUCUCCCCAGUGGCUGGUACAAUGCUGUAUUUUAGAUUGAGUGUGAGAAUAAUCUUGAUCACACACUGAUCUCCCAGCGGCUGAUUGCUGCUAGGAGACAGGCUGGGCACAGAUCAGUGGGUGCUGAGCAAUUGGGUAUUGGGCAUCACUUGUCUGUCUUGAGGUUUAUCAUUCCCUCCUUUUGGUGUCUCCCUUUUCAUUACAAAUAUUAUUAAAUAUUACUGUAUUUUA